AUGUCUUUCAAAACACCUAUCACCACAACCCUGCAAAGCAAGCAGACUGCCUUUGGGUUCUGGUUGAUGCUCCCCAGCGCCCCAGCAGCGCGAAUCAUCCUCCGCGCUGCCUCGGCCGCAUCAUCCCCGCACAAGCUCAGCUGGGUGUUAGUUGAUGGAGAGCAUGGGCUUAUUACCGAUAGGGAGUAUUAUGAGCUAACAACAGCAAUCGGCUCCUGCAACGCCAGCCCCAUCAUUCGCGUCCCCUGGGGCGAAGAGUGGAUGAUCAAGAGGGCGCUUGAUGCGGGGGCUCAUGGGAUUUUGACGCCUAUGUGUCAUUCAGCUGAAGACGCCUCUCGCAUAGUGCAAUACACCAAAUACCCACCCGUUGGAAGCAGAGGGUACGGCCCCGCCUUCGCGGCUCACUCGCUCCCCGACGCGGCUGCAGCAGUGGCAUACGACGACGCUGCCAAUGAUAGCUUGGUUGUAAUGGUGCAGAUUGAGUCGCAGAGGGGGGUGGAUAAUGUGGAGGAGAUUGCGAGGGUGGAUGGGUUGGAUGGGGUUCUUAUUGGCCCCUUCGACCUCGCCAAACAAAUGGGCGUCGUGCGCGGCGGAGACGAACACGAAGCUGCUAUUCAGCGGAUUCUGAAGGCUGCCAAGAGCGCAGGAAAGACUGCUGCUAUUUUUUGCACAAACGGCGAACAAGCCCGUGAAAGAGCCCAGCAAGGCUUCGAUAUGAUCUCGAUCAUGACGGAUGUGGGGGCCUUUGAGGAGGGUAUGAUGAGGAAUUUGGGCGUUGCUGGGGGUGGUAGUGAGGUUGGAGGGGGGAGUGGUGGGUAUUGA